AAAUUUUUAAAAAUUUGAAAAAGAUUCGGCAUAUAUUCUCUUAUUCAUUUUUGAAUUCUGCACUAUUUCUCAGAUUUUAAAAAAAUAUUUUUUAAGCUCAGUCUACUGUUCUUGUUUAUGUUUGCAUAUUCCAGCGGCUGAGAAUGGAGAGGUACGAUACAGAGGAAGCUGAAGGAUGCAAGACGCCGGUGCGCAGAGGAUGUAAGAUUCCGGUGGUUUUCGAGUGUCCGCCACCUCCGAGGAAGAAAUCAUACGGUGGAAAGAAGCGGGAUCCGCCGAAGAAUGGCUAUUUCCAGCCGCCCGAUCUCGACGCUCUGUUUUCUCUGCCGACUAGAGGUCAAGCUUGCGCUUAAUCGUUUAGGCUUUGAAUGCCGUUCCGUUCUUGAUUGUGUUAAGUAGGUAUAAGUUUUUUCUUGUACAUAUGAUGCCCAGAGUAAUGUGAGUCCACUUAUGCAGUGAUUUUAGGGUAAAAUUGGAGGCAAUUAAUUUGUUGCUUUUUAUUUUUAUUUCAUUCAAUUAGUAAUUGUUCCUGUUUUUCCUUAGUCUAUUUUGAGU